AUGGCACCUCACGAAGACCUGGCCACCACUGGCAGAGGUGCUUCUGCCACUACCAGUCGAGGCCACGACGCUGAAGCAGAUGGGACUACUUGUCACACUUCAGCUGCUAGUGCUCCUGUUCGUGGCGGUGAUGAUGCAGGUGUUAAUGUUGCCCGUGACAGUGAUGGCAGCUCCAAUACAUUGAGCAGCUCUGAAACACCACAGAUCAACAGUCUGUUCAUUGGGACACUGUCUUUGCCGAAAAUCUCCUCAAAACGAGGAUGCCUGCUGCUGCUGCUGCUGCAGGCGAUGCUGCUGCUGCUGCUGGAUGAGCUCUUCGUGAUGAGCUUCUUUAGAUUUGGGCAGAGUGCUGAGAUUGACAUUGUUUUAGAUGGCACAGAGAACGGUAAAAUGGCAUAUAUCAAGUCGGAGGAUGGGAAAAAAGAGAGACAUUAUCUUUUUUACGAUGGAGAGACUGUAUCUGGGAAGGUGAAUGUAACCCUGAAAAAGUAUGGAUCAAAGCUGGAACACCAAGGAAUAAAAAUAGAAUUCAUUGGUAAGAUUGAACUCUAUUAUGUCAGAGGCAAUCAUCAUGAAUUCACAUCUCUAGUCAAAGAACUAGCUCAUCCUGGUGAACUUAUGCAAAAUAUGUCCUAUGCUUUUGAGUUCCUUAACGUUGAAAAGCCUUUAGAGUCGUACACUGGUUCAAAUGUACGACUUCGAUAUUUUUUGAGAGUUACUAUUGUGAGAAGGCUUUCUGACAUAAUUAAGGAAAUAGAUAUUGUUCUUCACACCUUAUCUUGCUACCCAGAAAUGAACAACAGCAUAAAAAUGGAAGUUGGCAUAGAAGACUGCUUACAUAUAGAAUUUGAGUACAAUAAAUCAAAGUAUCAUUUAAAAGACAUUAUAGCGGGAAAGAUAUACUUUUUGCUUGUGCGCAUAAAAAUCAAACAUAUGGAGAUUGCAAUAAUCAAAAGGGAAACCACAGGAUCUGGACCAAACACAGUCACAGAAAAUGAAACUAUAGCAAAAUAUGAAAUAAUGGAUGGAGCUCCAGUAAGAGGAGAGAGCAUUCCAAUAAGAGUAUUUCUUGCCGGCUAUGAUCUUACUCCUACAAUGAGAUAUAUUAACAAAAAAUUUUCAGUGCGGUAUUAUUUGAAUCUCGUGCUUAUGGAUGAAGAAGAUCGCCAUUAUUUCAAGCAACAGGAAAUAACGUAAUGGUGAAAGGGUGAAAAAACUCGAAAAAAUCUUCAAACAUCCUCAAGGACAUCACCCCAACUGCCUCAUGCAAUUCCAGGAACUCAGGAACACACCUCCAACCAACCAAUUGAAGAUAUGAAAUGAGAAGACGAAGACAAGGGUACAGUGUCAGGUGCUGAGAAUGAUUUGAGAAGGAAAGCGCCUGUUGAUGGUGACAAGGCUGAUGACUGACUGUACAAAAGCCAGAUUGUGUAAAGUACUAUGCAGAUAAGUUCACAUGCUCCCAUUCCUGAUGCACAUGGUCAUGUGAAAUAUGUAACUGUGCUUAAGAACUUCGAGUAUUUACUACUGGGAGUGCUGUUCUCAUUACUCAGUGACUCUGUACAUAGCACACAUUUGUUGUAACUAUAUUCAGUGUGCAGUAUGUAUCAAUUUUGUCCUACAAAUACUGUGUUUUUCUUGUAUGAUGUAUUGCAUAUAUGUGCCAUUAUCUUCAGGAGAUGUGAAAUGUCUGUAUAGUCUUUUACAAAGCAGCUUUUAGUAAAAGACUGUUGUUCUCUAAAUAUUUUGUUAUGUGAAAAGACAGCAAUCAAAUCAGUGCUGCUGUUGAAAUGUUAUAACUCAAAGUGGGAUUUAUACAUUCUGGGUAACAUUAUGAUUCAAUAUAUACAUAUUGAAUGACAUCAUGAUUCAAAAAGGAAAAAUUGAGCCUUUUAUGAAAGUAGUUUUUUUUGAAGUGUUAUUUUAUACCAGUGUCUGGCACUACUUUCUUUUUGCAGUGUUUCUGAUGUGAUGAUAUGUCCUUUAUGUGUGUUUAUGUAUUUUGGUAGUUUUUCUCUGUUUUAUUUGAAAGAGUUCUGUAUGUUUUAUUGAAAAUGUAUUGUUUUCAAUAUUUUGUUACUUUGUCUGACUUUAUGCUUAUCUCUCUUUCAUUCUAAAUAUGUUAUUUAUGCCCUGUAAUUGGUUGAGAACAUAAAUAAGAUGAAAUUGUAAAGUAAAUAAUGUUUUAGCUUGUCAUCAUUGCAGUUAAUACUCAUGGAAGAGUCAAGAAUAAUUAUAUUGUGUCUGUUGAUUUGCGGAGAAUGUUAGAACUUCAAGAUGUAAGUGAUGAAAGCAACAAUAUUUUAACAUGUUGCAGAAUGUUAAACUAUGUAGAGAGUUACUCAAAGAGAGCCUCAGAGUUAUAUUUUCAGUUUCCACUGUCUCAGUAACUGUGAAUGUGCAUGUUUGAGAAAUGAUAUGUAACAUAUAUGUUGAGGAAGUAACUAAGCUGUACAGUAAUAUAUGUUGCUUAUUAAAGCAAUUUUCAUAGCAGACUAAGUAAUUGUAAAAUGAAAUGCUGUUAUAGUCAUACCAAGGUACACCACAUGUAUCUGAGUGGGAAU